AUGGCGGGCCAGCAGUGGCCCUUACCGGAGCCCCACAAGGGGUGGCUGUUAAAGUCGGACCUGAGGAAGAAGGAGCUCAUAGAGUCGGGGCUGAUCAAACCAUGGCAGUCAGGGCCGAAGCUGUACAAGAAGCCAGAGCUCAACAAGAAGUGGCUGCUAGGGCCGGGGCCCCUGGAGCCCUUGCCCCUGGGCAUGAAAUGUAAACCCUGGUUCAAGGACAGGGACAGGUUGCCUUCCCGCUAUCUCUCCAGGCAGAACAACAAGCUUGGGAAGUGCCCCACCUCCAUGGACAGCAGGCGAAUUCCCCGCCCUCCGCCCAAAAAGAUUCACAGGCAGCCGCCCAAGGGAGCGGACCUGUGUUCCAAGCUCUCGCCAGCCCAGCGAGCACGGAAGGCCUUUGUAGAGAACAUUGAAGCCAGCCUGACCAAGCAUCCCUUGGCGAACUGCCCGAAUCUGGAGGCAGCUCUCCCUCCAGACCUCAUGCUCAAGGUCCUGGAAGUGGUAGAUCCUGACAGGGAGCUGGAGGACACGUGGGCGUAUUGCAGUGAACCUGGAGCCUCCCCAGGCAGUGAACCUAGGACCUCCCGAGGCAGUCCACCCCGAAUCUCCCUGGAAGCUCAACCUGGAACCUCCCCAGGCCGUCAACCUCGAAUCUCCCUGGAAGCUCAAACUGGAACCUCCGAGGAGGUCAACCUGGAACCUGAAAACAAAGCCCACCUGGAAAUGGCCAAGGAGAGUCUCCAGUCAUAUUUAUUCAGUUUGUUUCCUGAGGAAGAGACAAAUGCAGCAUGCACAAAGGAUAUCCCCAAAGUUCCUGGGCUCCAACAAUCAAGAAGAAGAGUUCGUGAAUUCUGCAGAUGGAUCGAUGAUAAUUUUGGAGACAUAGGCAUUGAUGAAGAGUAUAUCUUGAAAAAGUUUGAAAUUGACUUUGAGGUCCCACUCACCAAUAAUGCAGUCAAAAUAAAGAAAAUAAGCCAGCUUCCUUUGAAUAUAAGGCCCUGCAAACAGCUAGAUGACAUACAGCAGAGAAAAUUCUCCCUGCAGGAAGGUAACUGGGGAAGAAAACUCCGAAAACCUGAAGACCCUUAUAAACCCAAAAGGGAGAAGAUAAGGUAUGGAGCAUGGUACCUGGACCCCAAAUGCUGGAAAAAGCUGGUCAAUGACCAGCCUUUGCCUGACCCUAAAGUCGUCCCUGACAAGGAACAUUGGACCUAUGGAAGGCAUCUUGAACCAGACAUUAUUGAUGAACCUUAUGGACCAAUUGCCUUCAAAGAUUUCAUUGUAAGCAAGGGCUACAAGAUGCCAGUUGUGACUGAGAAGAUGUUUUUAAGGAAGGGAUGGACAUAUGAGUCUGUGAAGACUCCUAUACACCGAGUAAUCCUCUUCAAACCCAAAGAGGAGGACUCAGGGAAUAAAGAGGAUUAG